AUGGAGGACAAAGGGCAGACACUUGGUCUCGCCUCGUGUCACCUCAUGGAGGUUUACAGCCAGAGGACGCCCCGAUGGAAAGCGCCUGGCUCCAGAGGACAACCGACGCUGAUCUCUGUGUUUCCUCUCUACAGGAAAGUGACUCUGGUGAUGGUGGGUCUGGAUAAUGCCGGGAAGACGGCCACAGUACGAGGAAUCCAAGGAGAGAACCCCCAGGACGUGGCCCCCACGGUGGGGUUUUCCAAGGUGGACCUGAAGCAGGGCAAGUUCGAGGUGACCAUCUUCGAUCUGGGCGGCGGCAAGAGGAUCCGGGGCAUCUGGAAGAACUACUACUCCGAGUCUCACGGCGUGGUGUUUGUGGUCGACUCCAGCGACGUCCAGAGGAUCCAGGAGUUACGGGAGACCAUGGCCGAGGUCCUCCAGCACCCUCGCAUCGCUGGGAAACCUGUGCUAGU